GUACCAUAUGUAUUUUUAAUAUUAUUUCAUAUAAAAUAAGGAAUAAAUGAAAAAUACCACAAUCAACAAUUGUUGAAGUACGACAUUAAGUUAAGAAGAUUCUACGGGUAUUCUGAUGUUAAACAAAAAUUGUAAUCUUAUUGUUAUUGGAAUAGUUUUGAAUUUUUUCAAAAUAUUUUAUUGCUCAUCAAAUGUCACGGUAUAAUCGAAAGUUCUUUCGAUCAGUGACUCUCUGAUUGCUGAAGCUAUGAUAGAAAAUUAUUUUGGUCAUUUCUCUUGAAGCUAAAAUUUGUGGUUGACGGAUUUCGUAAACAACGUUAGAAUUCGAGAACGGAAAAUUAAAUCCCGAAGUACAAUAUGGAAUAAAACUGUCAGGAAUUACUUUUUUAAAGUGCUGCUUUAACAUUUAAGAUUACAAUAACAUUAACGGUUUGUUUACGUGACUUUUUUUGUGACUGUUAUCAUCGAAUCCGAUUGAAAUUUCUUAAGUGACAAUGUUAUCAAUAUGCAUAAGUGAAUCACCUUUUGUAUUCUUAUUUUCUCAGUGAUAUUUAUAAGUGCGAUAAAAUUAUGGUUAUGUAAGGUGAAUUAUUUGCCAUUAAUAUUUGCGUGUUUGUGUAUUUAAACGAAUACUUCGUGCGAAAUUCAAGUAGUGUUCAAAGAAAUGAGUUCCUCGGGUUCUCUUAAAAAUACGUUUCAUAAAGUAAGUAUUCUGAAAAAUUGUGAAAACGAAAUUAAUCCGACACCACAUUGUUCUAAGACAAUGGACGAAAAAGUAGAUGAAAGAAAAAACCGUUCUAUAAGGGUUGAAAGUAAUGGUAAAAAACAACAAAAAAAUAAAAAUAGCUGUAUGAAAUUGAAAAUCAUUCCAAAAUGUGACAACGAUAGGGACUAUAUGUUAAAGAAUUUUAAAAAACUAACUUUGCAAGAACCUUCUGUGACGGAUUUAAAAACGAAAGUACAGAAAAUUGAAAGAAUACGUCCUGAUAAUAAUUUUCAAGAUGAGCAGCAAAAUCUUCCUAAACAGAGAAAUAAAAAAACUUUGAAAACUGGUAAGGAGAGACACAAAUUGAAAGAACCAAAAUAUCAGGAGUUUGAAUGUGACAGCACAAAGAAAACAGAAAAUAUUAAAGAAGAAAAUGUAUUUAACGCUCAAGGAAAAGCUCCAAAACAGUUAAAAGGAAAAGAUAAAUUUCCAGAACAUAUACCCAGAGAUCAAGUUCGAGAGAUUUUAAGUAACCAAAAUUCAAUUAAUGAGGACUAUGCAGAAGGAUACUUGCGCAUUAAUCCUAAAUAUUCUUCAAAUGCAUAUUUAAAUUCGCCGGGUGAAAAACCAGAUAUAUUGAUUGCUGGACCAAGGGAUAGAAAUCGAGCUUUUGAUGGAGAUUAUGUUGUAGUCCGUAUACAUCCCCAACAAUACUGGCAAUUGCUUCAAAAUGGUCAGACGCAAAGGACAGGUGUUAUUGUUUCUAUAUUAGAAGAAAUGCAUCCAAGGAUAGUGGUGGGAUAUGUAAAACAUAAAGGAGUAUUUUUAUUUUUUUAUCCUAGGGAUAAACGUGUACCGAUACUUAAAAUAGACAAAAAAAAAUAUCCUUUACCAAAGGAAUGCGCUACAGCAGGUGAAGAUACAUUAUUUUUGGCUGAAGUUACUGAUUGGGUGAAACCUAAACUUGCAAAUGGGAAAAUUUUAAGAUUGGUUGGAACUGCGGGUGAUGUAUCUGUAGAAUCAAAUGCAAUAUUGCUUGAACUUAACUUAGAUGUAACGCCGUACAAUCAGGAAAUAAUCAAGGAUCUUCCAAAUAAAGAUUACCGUUUAACAGAAAAUGACAUUAAAGACAGGGAAGACUGGAGAAAUGAAUGUGUAUUCACUAUUGACCCUGAGUCUAGUGCUGACUUAGAUGAUGCAGUUUCUUGUAAACUUUUAGAAAAUGGAAACUACGAAAUUGGUGUACAUAUAGCUGAUGUUACCUAUUAUUUGGAAUUCUUGUCUCCAUUAGAUGUACAAGUAGCAAAGCGAGCUACAACUAUUUACAUGACUGACAAUGUGUAUCACAUGUUACCGACUCAAUUGUGUAAUGUAUGUUCUCUGGUACCUGGUCAAGAUAAGCUUACUUUUUCUGUCAUAUGUGAAGUGACACCAGAAGCAAAAAUUGUGAAAUAUCGUUUUGCAAAAACAGUAAUAAAUUCUAGUUGUAAAAUGUCUUAUAAUGAUGCUCAAAAAUUUAUUGAAAAUCCCGAAAAUAAUUGGUCCGACGAUACGUUACAUAUAAGUGGGAACUAUAACAUUAAUGAUUUAUCUUCAAAAGUUAAUACGUUACAUAAGUUAGCUAGCAAACGACGUUGUGAGAGAUAUGCAAAUGGUGCUUUGGAAAUUGAUCAGCCAAAAUUACAUGUUACAAUUGAUAGAAGUACAGGUGAACCCGUGUCUUACUACAUAGAAGAACACAAAGAGAGUAAUAGGCUGAUACAAGAAUUUAUGUUGCUGGCUAAUAUGAUAGUAGCCAGGUUUUUGUACAACAAUAUUCCUGAAACUGCUUUACUACGAAAUCAUAGAGGACCAUCCAUGUCUGUUUUAAAUAAAACGAAAGAUGUCCUACAAAAAUUUGGAAUUCAUUUAGAUAUUGAAUCCUCUGGUUCAUUACAUAAUAGCAUCAUACGUUAUAAAGAAGAAUUAGAGUCAGAAUCCAAUGAUUUUGAAGCGACGAUGAAAUAUAGAAUGAUGGUUAUUAACAAUCUGUGCUCUAAAGCAAUGAACCGUGCAACUUAUAAUUGUUCAUCUAUCUUUAAAUCAGAGGAGGAAUUGAGACAUUACGCUUUAAACGUAGCCCAUUAUACGCAUUUUACUUCUCCUAUUAGACGAUACAGCGAUUGUGUAGUACAUCGAUUACUUUAUUCAGUCAUAAAAAAUGAGCCAUUACCAGAAACAUGGUCGGAUAAACUGUGCAUGCGUAUAGCAGCAAAUUGCAACAUGAAAAAAUACAAUGCAAAACUAGCACAGGAGCAAAGUAGUGAAUUGUAUUUUGCUUAUUUAGUAGAUUUAAAUGGUCCUUUUAUGACCAUGAGCAUUGUAUGUGAUGUAAGGGAAACAAGUAUAGACGUAAUAUUGUGUCAAAUGGGCAUAAAAUUAAAAGUUUAUUUCACAAAUUUAGAAACUUUAGCAUCCAUUAAAUAUUCUUCCGAUGGUUCGGUUUCAACGAUAAAUAUUACAUGGAAACAAUCCGCUGUAACUCAGAUAAUCAAUAUUUUCACUUUAUUAUAUUUAAAAAUUGAAAAAGACCCUGCAUGUUAUCGACUAAUGGGAACCAUUUUACAACCGCAUUAGGAGGUAGGAGUCAAUAACAUUCGUAUAUUUUAGAGUUCUAUUUUAAAAUCAUGGAAAUAGAUACUCUUAUUUGAACAUAUAUUUUUAUGGUAUAAUUGAUAUUUUUUUUUGUAUAAAUUGUAUAAACGUAUUUUUUAAAUUUAAAUACCCUUUUAUAUUGUACGUAAAUCUUCAGAAAUCAUUGUUUUUAUAAAAUCAUAUAAUCAUUGCUGUCAAAACAAAUUGAAAAUUUGUCAAUAUAUUUUAAAAGGAAUGUCUGAAUCCAAUGACGUGUAAAAAAAUAAAUAAACUUUUUGCGAGAAU